AUGCACCUGUUGGACCGGCUGCUGCCGCGUCUGAAGGCGGAGGGCAGCAGAGUUCUGCUGUUUAGCCAAAUGACGAGACUGCUGGACAUUGUUGACGAUUACUGCAGGUGGCGGGGCCACUCGUACUGCCGCAUAGACGGGUCGACUCCGGGGGAGGAGCGGCAGCUGAAGAUCGACGACUUCAACCGAGAAGACAGCGACAAGUUUGUGUUUUUGUUGUCAACUCGCGCGGGGGGUUUGGGAAUUAAUUUGGCAACAGCAGACAUUGUGAUUCUUUUCGACUCCGACUUCAACCCCCAAAUGGACCUCCAGGCCAUGGACAGGGCCCACAGAAUCGGCCAAAAAAAGAAGGUGCCUAGGGUGGUGGUGUACCGCUUCGUGACUGGCGGGACUGUGGAGGAGCGCAUCGUGGAGCGCGCAGCAAAGAAACUCAAGCUGGACUCGCUGGUGAUUCAGAAGGGGCGCUUGGGGGCGCAGCAGCAGCAGCAGCAGCAGCAGCGGCAGCAGCAGGGGCCCCAGGCCUCCGAACUCCAAGACAUUCUCCAGUUCGGGGCUCAGGAGGUUUACAGAACUCAAGAGGAAAGCAGCAUCACAGAAGCAGACAUUGACAUCAUUUUGGCGGAUGCAGAACAAAGAACUGCUGAAAUCGAAGCCCAACUCCAAAGCCUGGAGUCGAAGUUCGACUUGUCCAACAUUUCCCUCGACGGGGGCCUCCACAUGUACGGCGGCGAGGGGGGCCCCCGGGGGCCCCCCGGGCGUCCGGGGCGAAAGAAGGGGGCGAAGGCCUUCAGGCCUUUCGUGGUGUUGGACUUGGGGGACCGCAAGACGAAGUGGCGGGGGGGCCCCCCGGGGGCCCCCGGGGGCCCCCGGGGGCCCCCGGGGGCCCUGCUGCUGCGGCGGGAGCGGCGGCUGGCCCGCAGGCUGCUGACUGGCUGGCGAGCUGAGAUAAAUGGAGGUUAUGACUUUCAGUUUUUCGAUCAUGAAAAACUUGAUGCUUUGGAAGCAACUCAAAGCAAGUGGGCUGCUUAUUUGCUGCGGAAGCGGCGGCAGAAGCAGCAGCAAAAGCUGCUGCAGCAGCGCCGCCAGCUGCUGCAGGACGCGGAACUUGCUGCUGCAGCAGACGCAGACGGCCCGGGCCCCAAGCGCCCGCAGCUCGACUUUGCUGCGCUGCUCGACCAGCUGCUGCUCGACGCCGGCGAAGACGCUGCUGCUGCUGCGCUGCUGCUGCUGCCCCACCAGCAGCAGCAGCAGCAGCAGCAGCAGCAGCCCGCAGCAGCCUACGUCCAGGCCCUCCUCCACCAAAUGGACCCUCAGCAGCAACACGCACUCCUCGCCGUCCUAGAAGCAUAUUUGAACUUCCGGGGCUGCAAAGAGAUAGCCCCUGAGGAAGGUGACGUGCUGCAGCGGCUGCAGCAAAUGCUGCUGCCGCAGCUCUUGGAGGAGGAGGAGAAGCUGCUGCUGGAGCAGCGGCCGCUGCAGCAGGCACAGCCAAAGCAAGAGCAGCAGCAGCAGGAACCGCAGCUCAAAGAGGAGCAGCAGGAACAGCAAGAGCAGCAGCAGGAACAGCAGCAGACACAGCAGGAGCAACCCAAACAGGAAGGAGACGCUGCCGCAGCAGCAAACGAAAGCAGCACCAGCAGCAGCAGCAGCAGCAGCAGCAGCAGCAACAGGAUAUGUCGCUGGGCUGUCGGAGGCCGGCCUCUAAAGGAGCUGCUGAAGGAGCUGCUGGAGGACUUAGAGGGCCGGGUGGCAGCAGCGGAAGGGGUGCCCCUGGCUGUGCAUCUGCUGGAGUGGCGUUUGCGGCAGAAGCGGCAGCAGCAGCAGCAGGAGCAGCAGCAGCAGCAGCAGCAGCAGGAGCAGUCGGAGGCCGGGGAUUCGCAGCAGCAGGCGGACGCGCAGCAGCUGGACCCCGAGCAGCAGCAGCAGCAGCAGCAGCAGCAGCAGCAGCAGCAGCAGCAGGAGCAGCAGCAGCAGCCAAAAAAGAGAGCUGGAAGGCCUCGAAAGAUUAGACCUCCGCAGCCAGAAGAAGAACCCUCAGACACAGAAAGUGCUUUAGACGAUCCCGACGAUCCCGACAGGCCCGAGCCCUUCACUGCAGAAAUGAAACUCCAAAAGGAACAGCUGCUGUCUGAAGGCUUCUUAAACUGGAACCGAACGGAAUUUACGAAAUUCGUCAGCGGCCUGAUCCAGUUCGGGCGUGACCGGCUGGAAGAGGCCUGGCAAACGCAUUUCAGCAACAGCAACAAAACUGUCGAAGACCUCCGGAAAUAUGCUGCUGUCUUUUUCCAAAGAUACUCGGAAAUCGAGGGGGGAGACCGAAUGAUGCAGCGCAUAGAAAGGGCGGAAGAGCUGCGGGGGGCUUUAGACCUGCAGCGGCGGGCCAUUCAGGCUACUGUGGGCUUUACACUAAUUUAG